AGCUCUUGUUGCUUUUUGCUCUUUUUCUUUCCUUUAUGGUUCAUGUGUUAGAGGUAUUUGUUGAAUGUUAUGACGGCGACGUUUUUUCAGUGUAUCUUAAUUUUGCGCUGUAUUUUGGUGAGUGAAACGUUACUGAUAGAACUGUUCUACUCAAACCGCAAAUAAUCGUCCCAUUUAGCAGUCAAAAAUAUUCAGUUGACAGAGAUCAAAUGGCUGAUGCAGGCUUUUAUCGUGGAACAAGUAGUGAGCAAGAUAGUCGCUUUACUGAUAAAGAGCGCAAAUUACUGAAGCAAAUGCGUUUCGAGGAAGCAUUGGACGAAAAGAUCUGCAUGGAUCGAGUGAAUCUGGACGUGCUCAAACCGUGGAUUACUGCCAAGUUGAAUGAUAUCCUGGGCUUGGAAGACGAUGUUGUUAUUGAAUAUGUAUUCAGCCAGUUGGAGGAGAAAUCGUUGAAUCCGAAAGUGAUGCAGAUCAAUUUAACUGGUUUUCUCAAUGCUCGACGAGCACGGGAAUUUAUGGGUGAAUUGUGGAGUAUGUUAAUUGAAGCACAGAGUAGUGAAGAUGGCAUCCCAACAUCGCUGGUAGAAAAGAAGAUGAAAGAAAUACAAGAGAAAGCAAAAAACAUCAGUGUUUCGUCUUCGAACGGUGCUGCUGCUGAAGUUGCUGGGUCGGAUUGGAAGAAUCGGUAUGAGUCUCUGACUGGUGGUCGAUACGGUAAUCGAGACAGCAGAACUAUCACUGAAGGUGAGCGGGGCAGAAAAGAUGACGAUCGUCACAAAAGCCACCGAGAUAGUAAUCGAGAUCGAGAAAGCGAUAGAAGUAGAGAAAGCGGCCGCAUCAAAGAAGAUGACAGAAUUGAAAGGAAGCGUGGUGAGGAAAAACAGUUUAAGGAUGAAAAGCUGCGAUCACAUAGCCGAUCUCCUACGCGGCGGCAUUUUCAUGAUGAACGAACGGAAAGAAAAAAGGAACGUUAUCGUUCUCCAAACAGAUCUCCACCGCGCCGAAAAUUCACAGAACGAAAGGAAGAGACUCGGAGACGAAGUCGGAGUAAUGAACGUCGCAAAAGGAAGCGAUCAGCAUCAAUGGAUCUCGUGGACGAGAAGCAAAGAAAAAAAGAAGAAGCAUUUAAAAAAGCAUGCUAGUGAUUCGGAUUCAGAAGGAGUAAAGAGAAGAAAGAAGCAUAAGAAAGAAAAAAAGCGUAGAAAGCGUAACAGUUCGGAUUCUGAUUGAAAAUUUCAACGAUUUCCAGAGAGCAGUGUACUUGAUAUUUGAUUAUUCUGUUUUAAUUUUCCUACUUUGUUUUCUAACGAUAUUUAUUGUGAUAAAAACCUCACUUAUAAAAUAUUUAAGUCAUCC